AUGUUUGUGGACGCGUCAGAGCGGCUCAGAGCGGCUCAGAGCGGCUCAGAGCGGCCUCACGUCUCGUUACGUCUUUUUAAAUCACAGCAAAGAUUCUCGGUGCAGCGGUGUGCGCGGUGCCACUUGGGCAUCUCGGCGUCAGAGAUGGUGAUGCGAGCGCGGGAGCUGGUGUUCCACCUGAACUGCUUCAGCUGCAGCAGCUGCAGUAAGAUGCUAACGACCGGAGACCACUUUGGGAUGAAGGACAGUCUGGUUUACUGCCGCCUGCACUUUGAGACGCUGCUCCAGGGAGACUUCCACUUCAGCCACGACGUGGGGCCACACAAGGGCCUGGGCCCCAACAACGCCCUGGGACUGUCCUACUUCAACGGAGUCAGCUCCGUACAGAAGGGCCGGCCCCGCAAACGCAAGAGCCCGGGGCCCGGGGCCGAGCUGGCGGCCUACAAUGCAGCCCUCAGUUGUAAUGAGAACGACGGGGACUCUCUGGACCGUGAGUCCCAGUACAGCUCCAGUCAGAAAACCAAACGGAUGCGCACCUCCUUCAAACACCAUCAACUCCGCACCAUGAAGUCCUACUUCGCCAUCAACCAUAACCCGGACGCCAAGGACCUGAAGCAGCUGGCUCAGAAGACCGGCCUGACCAAGAGGGUCCUGCAGGUGAGGCCGGGGUCUGGGGGGUCUGGGGGGGAGGGAGGAGAGGGAGGAGAGGGAGGAGAGGGAGGAGAGGGAGAGGGAGGAGAGCGAGAGGGAGGAGAGGGAGAGGGAGGAGAGGGAGCAGAAGGAGAGGGAGGAGAGGGAGGAGAGGGAGCAGAAGGAGAGGGAGGAGAGGAGAGGGAGGAGAGGGAGGAGAGGGAGGAGGAAGGAGGGAGGAGAGGGAGGAGAGGGAGGAGAGGGAGGGAGGAGAGGGAGGGAGGAGAGGGGGGGAGGAGAGGGAGGGAGGAGAGGGGGAGAGGGGGGGAGGAGAGGGAGGGAGGAGAGGGAGGAGAGGGAGGGAGGAGAGGGAGGGAGGAGAGGGAGGGAGGAGAGGGAGGGAGGAGGAGAGGGAGGAGAGGGGGGAGGGAGGGAGAGAGGGAGGAGAGGGAGGGAGGAGGGGAGGGAGGAGAGGGAGGAGAGGAGGGAGGGAGGAGAGGGAGGGAGGAGAGGGAGGAGAGGAGGGAGGAGAGGGAGGAGAGGGAGGGAGGAGAGGGAGGGGAGCGAGGGGAGGGAGGGGAGCGAGGAGAGGGAGAGGAUACAUAG